UUUUAAGCCUAGCAUCAAAUACGGAAUGAAGUCAGAAAGGCAGGGUGGAAGAGGCGAGUCGGGAAGUAAUGCACGGUCCUCUUAUCGGUCUCGGCGCUGCCCACAAGCCAGCGCUGCACUUCCUAGCUUGGGGUCUUUACGUCGGUGCUCUUCAUUCGCGAAAUCUUCGAGCGACAGACAUCCGUGUGGACCAGUGGAACCAGCAACAGGAUGCCGAACAACAAAAUGUCUAGCUCAUCUAUCAGCCGGCGUAUGCGGCCGAUCCGCGCCACGCCUGAAGCUUUGAAGGCGCAAGUCUCACAGCACGUGCCACAGCUUGUGGUGCGCCCCACUAACCACGGCGGCGAGACGCUCCAGGUAGCGAUGGGCGGCACUGCCAUCGAGCGCUCCAUGGUCAACGUAGGCUCUAUCGCAGUGUACCACAUCAAACCUGUGAUCUCUACGGAUAACAAGCUUGGCAAGAAGACCACCAUCUUUGCGGUGCACGUGCAGAACGCUAUUACUGGCCGCAGUUGGGUCGUGCAUCGCCGCUACUCGGACUUCAUGAUGCUGCGUGGUCUCAUUGCUGAACACUUCAAGCUCUUCGGCGACGAAUUCCCUCGUAUUUCGGGUUUAAUCGACGAUCUCUAUUUCCCCAAGAAGCACAAGUUCCGUCACAAGAUGGGCAAAGUGGUCGAGCACCGUUGUGACGCCUUCCUUGAAUACCUCAUGGGCUUGCACCGCCUCCUCAUCAGCCAGAACUACCUGGUUCGACGCGACAUUAGCCCCAUCGGACUGUCCAUCCUACGUGGAUUUUUGGGUAGUGCAAUUGUUCAGGACCCGAGUCACAAGGCUUAUACUUUCCACAAGGCCAUUUUACCCAUCGAGCUCAACCCGGCGGAUCGUACGCCUAUUAACCAGUGCGGAUCACUCACUACGGUACUGGAAGACGACGGAGAGUACGAGGUGGAAGUUGAGGAUGUUGAACCUGAACCGGAGGCCGACGUUGCAUCGCGUGACGGAUCGACGGAAGGCACGGAGGAUUCUCAAUCGGAAGAUAUGAGCGACGGUGAGGACACCGAAGAGGAGCUGAUGCGCAUUUCUGAGAUCGUGGACCGACGACGCUCUUACAAGUACGCCCGCAACCGCCGCGUGCUCCUCUUCCUUCGCAAAGACGGCGUGUCCGAUGGCUCUACAGCUGUAGACUCGCCUACCAAUUGCGAUGAUGCUCCCCCUUGCACUCCGCGACCACGCGACCGAAUCCACACCGAUAAAAUGUACGUCCGCGCUUCCGAGAUGCUGCGACCGUCCGAGAUGGCCACUCAGCCGAUAUCGGCAUAA